ACGGAAAUCACAAGCUCGUAUGAAGACUUUCUAACAGUGGUCGAGAAAAAUUUCUUUCGAAGCGAAGGGCAUAUAAAAGCAACCACAGGGUGCAUUAGUGUCUUCUGAGUCCGAAAAUGCCGGAUUCUACUACCAUACCUGCCAAAUUGGGACCCAUCUCUGGGUAUGAUCAUAAUGAUGUCAGUCCAGCAUAGCGCUGCGAAAGUGCUCGAUCUCAAGUCUUUCUUCCACCAUCCGUAACUGCGAAGCAUACUAACACGAACAUACUAUCGCGGAACAUACUAGCAUCGAACAUACUAACAUUGGAUAGACUGAGAAAGUGCAAUGGGGCAGGAACAGUCUACUAUUUACGAAGGCCCACCUGAAGUCUUGGAAAGUCGAGACUUGCAAUCGGUGGUCAAAUAUAUCAAGUCUGGUAAAUGCAAGAGGAUCUUUGUCAUGUUGGGUGCAGGUGUCAGUACCACGGCUGGUAUUCCCGACUUUAGAUCUCCAGAAACAGGUCUUUAUGCGAAUCUUGCGAGACUGGACCUUCCAUACCCGGAGGCAGUCUUUGAGAUCAAUUUCUUCCGGUCCAACCCAGUACCAUUUUACGCUUUGGCUCGUGAACUUCUUCCAGGACAUUUUCGACCGACACCAACACACUCUUUCGUCCGUUUACUUGCAGACCAUGGAGUACUCGGGAUUUGCUUCACUCAGAACAUCGAUACUCUAGAACGGCUGGCAGGGGUACCUCCCAACCGUAUUGUAGAAGCUCAUGGGAGCUUUGCGACCCAACACUGCAUAGAAUGCGGCGCUUCCUAUGACAAUGAGAAGCUCAGACAACAUAUCAAGGCUGGAACUGUAGCAUAUUGUGAACGAUGUCAUGGACUGGUCAAGCCGGAUAUUGUCUUCUUUGGUGAAGCGAUGCCCAUGGCGUUUCAUAGAUCGAUACCUCUACUACAGACGGCGGAUUUAUUGCUUGUCAUGGGCACUUCCCUCACGGUGCAUCCCUUCGCUUCUUUGGCGUCCAUGGUCCCCGAUCGGUGUCCCCGAGUUUUAAUGAAUUUGGAUGCCGUUGGUGACUUCGGCUGUAGAUCGGACGAUGUGAUCUGUCUCGGAAAGACGGAUGAUAUUGUUCGUGACCUCUGCAAAGAGUUGGGCUGGGAAGAAGAAUUGAAUAUUGCAUGGAAAAAGACUGAAACAGUUGUUGGCGAAUUCGGCCCACCCUCUGCAGUCGCCAUUCCCGAGGUUAAGGAAGGGGAGAAAGGACCUACGGAGGAAGAGCUGUUGGAGGCGGAAGUGAGCUUCCUUACCCAUGAGGUGGAGAGAGCCCUUCAUAUCGGAGCGGUACCUCCCGAAGAAACACCUGAAGAACGUCAGAUGCAUGCUCGACCGCAGGCGGUAGACCAAGGCCGGGCAGCAUCACCAAUUCUUGUGCAGGUCGGUGAUGCCCAUUCCGCUAGGGGAAAAGCGACAUAUAUAAUCGGAGGUCUGGAUGGACCGGACACGGACACUUCAGCCAAAGUCGAUAUGGUGCCGUCUUCAGAACAGACUCCAUCCGGUGCGUCAGGUGAAAGCUCGUCAUCUGCACUACAAACCUCGAGAGAUGAACAGAAUAAGUCAGAAAAGAAGUCGGUAGAUAGGAAAAUGUAGUCAUUGCUUUGAUUAAGUAGGUACAGGGCAUAUAUCAGACAGCAUGCUAGGUUCAGGUAAUUAUGCAGGAAAUUGAGGAUGACAUACAUCUUGGGAUAGGCAAGUAGACGGGCUUGCGCAAGGCGAGCACUGUACAGGCAGGCAAGUGGCGUUACACAUCCACAAUCAGGCGAAUGAUAUUCGAAGGACUGCAUUAACUGGCAAAGGAUAAAUAAAGCGAGCUCUGAGGACAUAACAUUGUUAAUACAAUUCUCGAACCCAG